CGCCGGCUGCGCGCCUGAGGGGUCGCACAGCGCCCUCACCAGGCCCUCGCGUCCCCGCUCGCCGCUCGGAGGCCCCGGCGGCCCCAGGUGCGCCCCUCUGAGGAAGCCUGACUCGGCGACCGCUUCGCCCCUGAGACCCCAGCCGCCGUCGGGUCUCCCCGCGGCGCCCGGGUCUUGCCUUGGGUCUGCAGACGGGAAGGGGGCUGCGGACCCCCUAGGCAUCCCCUUGGGGGCGGCAGAAGCCCUGUCCAGUCAGCCCUUGGGGUGGCGGGAGCCCCUGGUCAGAAGGUUGGGGUCGGCGGGACCCCUUAGCGGGUCGGGGUCGGCGGUGUCCCUGGUCAGCGGGUUGGGGUCGGCGGGACCCUCGGCCUGGGCCCGAGCCGGGCGGGCCACCAGCCUCACUGGCCGCGUCGUUGCAGGCGUACAGCUCCCUCCUCGCGCGGGGGGCAGGUCCUGUCGGUGGACAUGGAGGAAGUGGACAUGGAGGAGGCCCCUCUGGUGGGCGGGAUGUCCAGCCCUGAGGAUGAGAUCGCGACGGAGAUUUUCAGGGCAGGCAGUCCUUUUGCGUCUGAAAGCGUCGCCCUAAUGGCCCCGGUGGUGGCGAAGGAUGAGGAAGACGAGUUCCAGGUCUUCAAAGACGCCUACCUGGGCUCCGCUGACCCCGAAGGGCCGCUGCUGCACGCGUUCAACCCCCCGCUGAACGUGGACUGUGAGGGCGAAGUCCGGGUGGAGCUCCUGGCCGACGGGGACGAGAUGGAGCACGAGGAGCUCCCGGGAGGGUACCCGGGUCUCCCCGGGCUCCACCCGCUGGAGGACGCAGUGCUGCCCGCCGCCCCGCAGCUGCCCGCCUACGAUGAGCACUUCCUGUCCUCCCUGCUGACCCUCCACCGGAGCCCGGCCGUGGUGCCCCUGAGCGCCUGGGCCAGGGACGGAGCCGCCCACCCUGGUGUCCGGGUUGGAAUGAAGGAAGCAAGUGGUGCUCCUCUGAGUAACGAUCCUGAGGAAGGCACUUUCCAGAACCCUCCUGCCCAGGAGCCCUGUUUCAAGUUCCCGCCAUCACAGGAAGCAGAGGACGCUUCUGGCUUCUCUCUCAAGAAAGACUCCGACCCGAUGCUUGAUAAUGGAACCUUACGACCCACAGUCAGUGGGUCCACCCUCCCCCGAGGGUCAGCUCUUCCAGGACCACCAAGAAUGACUUUGGCCAGGUAAGGAUUAAAAG